AUGCUCGGCCUAUAUAGCGCGGCCCUCUCGGCCUCGCGCCAGUGUCAGGUUUUCGGCCCUCGCGACGCGAUCCUCUUGGUCGAUCCGCAAAACUGUUUUAUGGAGAACCGCACCGUGAACGGUUCGGUGGAGGCGGCGUAUCCGCUCGAUGGCGCCGACGUCAACCCGGGCGCCACGGGCCAGAGCAAUUUCAGCCACUAUGACGCGCGGCGCAUCGGCGACACCCUCACAGCUGGGUCGCUGAAGGUCGCGGGCUCGUCGCUCAUCAUCCCCGUGCUCAACGACUGGGUCGACGCCGCGGCGGGAGGCCGGACGCUAGCGACGAUGGAUUACCACCCCGAGUACCACUGCUCCUUUUGCAAGACGCACGAGGGCGGCAUCCUUCCCGGCUCGUACUGCCUCAGCGCCUUCGGCUCUCUCCCGGUGCCCGACAGCCGCUGCGUCGACGCCAUCUCCGAGGAGUCCUUCUUCAGGUCGAAUCCGACGGCCUACUACCAGUGGCCCUCGCACUGCGUCGCGGGCACCUUUGGCGCCCGCUUCGACCCGUACCUCAACCUCCCAAACGAUACGACCGUCGUCAAGCUCGGCACCGGAUCUCGCAGGGACAGCUACUCUGGGUUCAGCUCUGCCGCCGUCACGUCCACCGCCGCCGCCGGCGAGCACGAUCACUUCCGCCCGACAUGCGAGCACGACCACCAGUCAACGUCAACGGCGGCGACCGUGAACGUGACGCUCGGCGAGCACCUGCAGCAGAGCAGCAUCACGCGCCUGUUCGUGAUGGGGCUCGCGACGGACUUUGUCGUCAGCGCCACGGUGAACGACGCGCUGGAGGGGCUCGGCUACGGACUCUCGGACGAGUACGUCGUCGUGCUGGUCGAGCCGCUGCUGUACGUCGUCGUGCUGGUCGAGCCGGGCUCCAAGGGCAUCAUCCCCUCAAACACGGAGGCGGCGCUCCUCGCGAUCCGCAACCACCCGCAGGGCUUCACCACAGACGAGCGCUUCACCACGGACGAGCGCCAACCGGCCGACGCGAUGCGGGACUUGUGCGACGACCCGAGCUGGCUGCGGUACGACGCGGACGGAGUCGCGCAUGACCCCGCCCUGCUCGGCAGCACGUGCGACCCCGACGCGGGCAGCGGCGUCUACGCGGAGCAAUGCGACAAGCGGGGCGGCGGCUCGGGCGACGGCUGCUCCGACCGCGGCGACUGCGUGCCGCGGACUGUCGACACGGGCGAGAGAGUCGGCGAGUGCGAUUGCGAGUUCGGCACGUGA